AGUUUGGAGAUAAACCCAAAGCUAUUAGGAUGCAUAGAAACACACCUUGAGAGGUGAACACAAAAAUAAAAAUGGACAGAAGACAAAGAAUGCUUCUGCAGCUGCUCAGCUUUGCUGCUCUUCUUGCUUGCGCACAUUGCCAGUGUCCGCAAGGCUGGAGGGAGAAUGAGAAUAAAUGUUACUUCUUUUCGAUUGAUCUAAAGACUUGGAGUGAGGCUAACGCGUUUUGUUUGGGGCAGCGAAGCAACCUCAUGAGCAUUCAGGACAUUCAUGAGAGGUUGUGGGUGAGGACACAAAUCGGCACAGAGAUCUUCUGGAUUGGCCUGAAUGACCAAGUUACAGAAAAUGUCUGGGAGUGGAGUGAUGGGAGUCCUUUUUUACCAUACAUAGCAUACUGGAUGCCAGGUCAGCCUGAUAACUGGGGUGAUGGGGAGGACUGUGGUCAGGUGGUAGGAUCGAGCAACGGACACUGGAAUGAUGAGAACUGCAAUGUUAAGAGGAAAUACAUCUGCAAACAUGUCAACCCGAAUCCGGCCCCACAGUGUGACUCUGCAAACGGCUGGAGUCCGUACAACUCCAACUGCUACAAGCUGAAAGCAGAGACCCGUAAGAGCUGGGUGGCAGCAAGACAUGACUGUGUUCAGGAGGGAGGAGACCUGGUGUCCAUCACCUCAGCAGGAGAAGAGCAGUACAUCACAGGAACACUGGACCCAUCAUGGCUUGAUCUCUGGAUCGGGCUUUCCACACUGAAAUGCAACAAGAUUUCAUGUCAAGUUGAAGCGGGAAACACUCAGUACACUUGGUCCGAUGCUGUUCAGUUAGGGUACACAAACUGGGCCAGCGAUGAACCUGCUGGUGAUGCGCAGGCCGGCUCAUGUGCUGCAAUCAUCAAAGAUUCAACAGAUGAAUUUGGGAAAUGGAGAUCCCAUGUGUGCAGAUAUGAGCGACCUUACAUGUGCAAACGACCAGUGAACACCAUUUGCCCUCCUGGCUGGCGGAGCUUCGCGGGCAAUUGUUACUGGAUGGUCAGUAAUAUCAAUCUGUUGACCACCUGGCAUGAGGCCUACACCAAGUGCUCUGAUAUGGGGGCCUACCUGCUGAUCAUAAACAGUCAAGAAGAGCAGUUCUUCAUAAAUGGGAACCUUCCAGACUUUCACCACGUAGAUAUUCCCGACAUCUGGAUCGGUUUAUCAGAUAAAGACCAGGAUGGGCAUUUCAGAUGGGUGGAUAAAACCGAGGUUACUUUCAGUAACUAUGGCCCUGGUUGGCCCAGAAACACUGAACACUUCUGGGACUGUGGACAAAUCUUCACAGGAAAUUAUGAGGGCAAAUGGGAAACAACCACCUGCUUCAAGAGCCUGGGUUACAUAUGCGAGAUGACCGGUGGACAGAACCCCAAACCAACUUCAACUCCUGAUUUCCACUGUGACCCUGGAUAUUUGUUGUAUGGGGACUUCUGCUACCAGUUUGAGACUGAGUCAGUGAAGAACUGGGAUGAUGCCGAGGCUCACUGUAUGAAAGAGCAGGCUCACCUGGCCAGCUUCCACUCACAGGAGGAGCUAAGCUUCCUAAUCGCUCACAUGCCAGGGGAAGCUUGGGUGGGUCUGCGUGAUGUCGCUGUUGAAGGCCAGUGGGUAUACAGCGAUGGCACUCCUGCAGACCUCCUCCCAUGGGGGCCUAACCAGCCGGACAACUGGGCUGGCAAUGAGGACUGUGCACACCUCACAGGGAUGACUCACUCACAUCCUGGCACACUCAAUGAUAUUUACUGCACCUACACAAAGGAGUUAAUCUGCAAAAAAGCCAAGGGACAAGGACCUCCUCCCCAGCCCCCAACAUCUGGACCAGGGUGGAAUGAGAAGUGUGGCGCUUGGAUGGCCGACCCUUUCAACGACUUCUGCUACCUGUUUAACUACCUGUCGAUGAGGACGUGGGCAGAGGCCCGGGCCGACUGCGUCAACCAGGGAGGAGACCUUGUCAGCAUCACUGAUCCCUUCGAACAGGCCUUCAUACAAGGUGUGAUCCAGCAGAGUCCCGUCGGUAUCUCUCUGUGGAUGGGCGGCCAUGACUCCAUCACUGAAGGCGGCUGGGAGUGGACAGAUGGCUCUCCUUUCAGAUACAUCCGCUGGAGUGCAGGUAAUCCAGACAACUAUUAUGGUGAGGACUGCCUGUCUAUACUAAUUAACAACGGCUACUGGAACGAUGAUGAGUGUUUGAACAAAAGAGGGUACAUCUGUAAGAAGAAAGGAAACACACCUGAGCCUCCUCCACCUCAUGAUGGUUUCAUGACAGCGCUCAUGUGCCAGGACUCUUCUGCUGUCCUUCACUGUCCACCUGAAAGUGUCAUUAACAUCCACUCGGCUUUCUACGGACGAAAGAGUGAUGACAUCUGUCCACACCUGGGUGACUCAUCAGGAAGCUGCACGGUGGAAGGCGUCCUUCCUUUCUAUAGAAAGAUCUGUGACAACCAUCCCUUCUGCUUUACGUACGCCCAUGUGGAGCCGGACCCCUGUCCUACAGUUUCCAAAUACCUUGAGAUCGUCUACAGCUGUGAACAAAAAGUGUGUCUGCACAGCCUGGGUCUCGAGAGCGGGAACAUCACGGACUCCCAGCUCUCUGCUUCGUCCUCUAUUGGUCUCUUCACUCCCAACAAAGCCCGUCUGAAUGGAAAUUCCUGCUGGAUGCCUUCGGGAAACCCAACCUCAAACUGGAUCCAGGUUGACCUGACCCAGACCAGAAAAGUAACAGGAGUAGUAAUCCAGGGUUGUCCUCAAAAUGACCACUGGCUCACCAAAUUUAAGAUCCAGCACAGUAUGAACGGAAUGACCUGGACUGACUACACUGCUGAUGGACAGUUUUUCCCAGGCGCAUCAGACAGAGAUAGUCCUGUAACUCAGCUGCUGGGUACACCUGUGUCAGCUCAGUACGUCCGUAUCAUCCCACUGGAGUUCAACGGACAGGCAGGCCUUCGCUUUGACGUCUUAGGGUGCACACCGGACUAUGCAGUCACAUGUGGCCAUAAGCCCAACUUCAACUUUGCCAACGAUAAAAUGACUGUCCACUGUCCAGCACACUGUGCCAAAGCUGAUUACAGAGUGUACGGCACUUCAGUAUAUCGCGGGGACUCAAACACCUGUGCUGCAGCUAUCCAUGCUGGAGUGAUAUUAAAUGAAAAUGGAGGAGACUGCACUUUGCUGAAAGCUCCAGGACAGGACCUCUAUCUAGGCUCUACCAGGAAUGGCAUCACCUCAAGACAAUACGAUGGAAGCUAUUCUGUGUCUUACACUUUUGCAGACGGGGAGCUGAGAUGUUCAGGGCCUGACUGGUAUGAGUUUGGAGAUUUCUGCUACAAACCCUUUGGAGACAAAAAAACAUGGCACGAUGCCCAGGGCGCCUGCAGGGCUCAGGGUGCCGAACUCGUAUCCAUCCUCUCGAUGACGGAGCAGAGCUGGCUGGAAAGCUACCUGUACAUGGCCACGAGUGAUGUGUGGACCGGUCUGAAUGACCUGGUUGUGACUGGUAUGUUCACCUGGUCUGACGAACACAUGGUGACCUUCACUUACUGGGCUCCAGGGGAACCCAACAACCACGAUGGGUUCAGUGAGGACUGUGUUGAGAUGUUGCACCAGACUGGCCGAUGGAACGACGUGGCCUGUACAGAACUCAAUACCUACAUAUGCAAAAUGCCCAAAGCACAUUACCCGUUGCCCUCUGCAAAGCCCACUGUGUACGGAUGCCCUCAGGACUGGGAAGCGUACGGUUACGCCUGCUACUGGAUGGAGGAGACUCCCAUGAACUGGUUGGAAGCUAAGGCUUUCUGCACAGCGCAGGACAGCUUCAUGCUGCACAUUGGAGACAUUUAUGAGCAGUCACACUUCACGGUGGCACUGUCAGGGAAGACUGGUUUGUGGUGGAUUGGCCUGCGUGCUCAUGGAGUGUCAGGUGGAGGGGUGGACUACAUCUGGGACAAUAAUGCAUCUCUCACCUUCACUCACUGGGACCGAGAUCAGCCAGAUAAUGGGGAUGGCACUUGUGUAGCGAUGACAACCGGUCCGAUCGGUGGUUUCUGGGAUGACAAGCAGUGCUCAGAGAAACACGCCUUUGUUUGUGAGAAACCCAGGCCCGACAUCAGCCCACCCACCAAGCCGCCGACUCCUCCUCCUGUAGCGGGCUGUACUGAAGGCUGGACGGGUCAGCCUCACUUCAGAUACUGUUACAAGCUCUUCCACAAAGUGGACUGGUCUCUAAAGAAGAGCUGGGGAGCAGCAAGUGAGGACUGUAUUGCCAGAGGAGCUAAUCUGGUCAGCAUCCACAAUCAGGAGGAGGAGGAGUUCCUGUCUCUGUACAGCAAAGGCAGCAGCAAGUGGAUCGGCCUCAAGCACAACCCUACAGAGGGAGGCUAUUCUUGGAGUGAUGGUACACCUCUCUCCCACACCAACUGGGGUCCCGGGGAGCCCAACAACCACGAGGGCCGCGAGGAGUGUGUUGAGAUGGUGAGCAGCACAAACGGGACCUACUCCUGGUGGAAUGAUCUCAACUGCGAUGCUCACCAGGACUGGAUAUGCAUGAUUGCUAAAGGAAAGAUCCCCAUCAACCCCCCAGAGCCCCCACCUCCUCUCCCAGCUCCUGAUUGUGGUACUAACCCCGGCUGGAGGAAGAACAACAACAUUUGCUAUUACUACAACGACACCGACAUAGUCGACUUCCACACAGCUAUGAGGCGCUGCUAUGAUGAGGAGGCCUUACUCGUCUCCAUCCUCAGCAUAGAGGAACAGGCAUACGUUAACACCAUGGUGGGGACGGGCCAGGUUGCUGCAGCUUGGAUUGGACUGAGGAUGUUUGGCAUUGCAAAUGGACAAUACAUGUGGGUCGACAUGUCACCUGUGACAUACACUCACUGGGCUCCAGGUGAGCCCAACAACGCUAACGGGGAGGAGCAGUGUGUCCAGAUGAACAGACAUCAAGGUGGAUGGAACGAUGCCAACUGUGGUCGGGCUGCAGCAGGUUACGUCUGUAAGAAGUUCCCUGGAGAUACUCACACUCAUCCUCCACCCACACAGCCCUGGGUGGGCCACUGUCCUGCAGGUUGGAUGCUUUUUAGGAACAAGUGCUUCAUGUUCAAAGGGAAGAAAAAUGACAUUAACGGCAGCUGGGACUUUGCUCGGAAUUGGUGCAAAGACCAGGGAGGACAGCUGGCAGUCAUUGAUAACCAGUAUGAGAAUGACUUUGUUUCUAGUUAUCAGAAGGACCUGGAGCUUCCCACGUGGAUCGGCCUGUCAGAUAAGGUGGCGGAGAAUCAGUAUGCCUGGAGUGAUGGGGUCAGCCCUGUGCUGUACACGAACUGGAACGACAAGGAGCCCAACAAUGCAGGAGGAACAGAACACUGCGUAGCGAUGACUAACAGCUACGUGAUGAGCGGCAAGUGGAACGAUGAUGCCUGCCACAAAAAUUACAGCUUCGUUUGCUCUAGGAAGAAAUCAAGCACCAUCAGCCCUCCACCUCCAACCAAGAGCCCUUGCCCUGAUGGCUACAUCUCCUGGUACCUGAACUGCUACAAGCUGGUGGAGAAGCCAGCGACCUGGGACGCGGCUCAGACGGCCUGCCAGCAGGAGGGAGGCCACCUGACCAGCAUCGACAUGAGCUACGACCAGGCCUUCGUGGCCGGAGUGGUCCUGCAGGGCAAAGCUGACAGCUGGAUCGGACUCAGACGCCAGGAUGACGGCACCUACCAGUGGACAGAUGGCUGGCCAGUUUUGUUCACUCAAUGGGGACCUGGAGAGCCCAGCAACAUUAAGGAUGAGGGCUGUGUCAGUAUGCACGCUUCGCCCCAUUUCCACGGGACCUGGAAUGACACCAAGUGCGACAUUGCUAAACCCUACAUCUGCAAGAUCUCCUCAGAGGAACCACCUCCGACUCCCGCCCCUGGUGACGGGAUGUGUCUGCCAUUCUGGAAACCCUACGGCCGCUACUGUUACUUCGUGUACAACGGUAGAGAGGGUUACACCUGGCCGAACGCCCGACACUACUGCCAGUCAUUCAUGACAGAGCUGGCGUCCAUCCACAGCAGAGCGGAGGUGGAGUUCAUCCGGAACCUCAACCAUACCAAAUAUCACAACAUCUGGAUCGGCCUCACCAGAGACAGAAACUUUGGCUGGGGCUGGACGGAUCGGACAUCUGUGGGCUUCCUCAACUGGGCUCCCGGCGAGCCCAAUGCAGCCUUUCACCCCGGGGACGUGGCUGAGGAAAACUGUGUGGAGAUGUACGAGGACGGACGCUGGAAUGACAACAACUGCCUUCAAAAAAGAGGCUUUAUAUGCCGCCACCGCCAGUACUAUACAACAGAUAAUAACACAAGGCCAGUUUUCCCCACUAACGGUCCAACUCAAGGUCCAGGUCCGGAUCCUGGUCCAGGGACAAAUGUAGGGGCGAUAGUCGGCGCGAUCAUUGGAACCAUUGUAAUUUUGAGCUUGAUAGCAGGACUGCUGUUCUACCUCUUCAGUGUUCGGGGGUAUAAACUGAGAGACUUGAGCCUGCCAACAAGAGCCAGAACAACCAAUCACAUUGAUGUGCCUGCUUUCAGCAACCCCAACUUCCCAGGAGAAUCAGACACAUAAACCAUCACUCAAGUGUUGUACAGUACAUCGAAUUCUUUUUAAACAAAUCAGCGAUGAUGUUUUGAAUGCUCAAGAGGGCUAUAAGAUUCAACUCUAUUGUAUAUAUUGUAAUACACUAAUACAAAGAGAAUGUAUUAAAACUGUUUUUCUGUCAGUGUUUAUUAUUUUAUGUAAUUUUUCUGGUAAUGUCCAGAUCGCUCGUGUUUCAACCUUGUGAGAGAGAACAACAAAACAUUCCGUUAAAAAUUCCAUCACAGACGAUGGUAAAAAAAAAAACCAAAAGUUAAAAUAUUUGGUAACACUUUACUUGAAGGUAUCUACACAAGGGUGACAUGACACUGUCAUAACUAUGACAUGACACUGUCACGAACUUGUCAUAAACAUUAUGUACAUGUCAUAAACGUUUAUGACUGCUGUCAUUAAGUGUCAUUCG